GGAUGUCUAUUACCAGUGCCCAGUGCCCCCUGUCGUUCACGUCCUGGAAUGAGGAAAUUUUAUUUCAUUCUUGCUUUUAUACUUCAACUUCAUCAGUUCAUUCUUCGUCGAUGAUGCGGUUUGGAUGUCAUAAGAUGUGUUCUGCAUUUACAAGGAAAAUGUAGACUGAAAAAUAAGACGUAGAAGAGAAAAACACGAGUUGUAUCCAGAUAGAAGUUCACAAGAAGAGUAAGCAUUGCCCCAAGUUUAAACUUAGCUCUUGGUUAGAGCCAAAAAAAAAAAAAACACUCAGAGAAAAUGCUCCGUUCCAUGCAGUAUGCUCAAUUAGGAUUGUUCGAUCUUCCAGAACAAUUUUUCUAUUAUCAAGAUUUCGAAGAUUUUGAUUUAUAUUACGACUAUUCAGAUGACGGUGACUUGCUUUGUGAUGAAUACAGAGAUACAGAUAGCUGCUCGGAUGGCGAACUUGACGGUGAACAGUCCACAUCACCUCCAGCAGAAACAGACAAAGUGUACAAUGUUCCAUCGCUUGUAGAUUGUUGCUGUAAAUUUCUGUCUUCAAACUUCCCGUUUGGUUAUCUACAAGACCGGUUUCCACCAAUCCCUGAUGAGCUCCAGUUGAAAGUGAUAUCCAGUUCCUUUCCUGUAGAUGUGGAAAAGGUCAUGAAAUUUGCCAGCUUGAAUAAUAACAACCAUGAACCAAGCUAUUCCAUGAGAAACUUAUCAGUUGCCAACAUGAGCCAAAUAGGUUUUCGACUAAGUGCUACUGUCUCAAAGAAUGUGGAGAAGUACUAUGUAACCAUUUUCUUCGAUCGUGGCAAGAUCACUUCAGUGCAUUGUUCGUGUAAGUCUCAGACAUCCUGGUGCAGCCAUGUUACCAAGGUUGCUCUAGAGCGGAUAUGCCACCCUGAAAAAGCUACCAUCAGUGCAUUGCCAAUAUCAGACUCACUCCACCAGUUAGACAGAGAACAGCUUUUGAAGCUCACAAAUUCACUGUUGAACCAUCACACCAACACUGACGUCGUGGACACUGCACAGAACUUGCUUGAGCAGCUUUUAAACAAGAAUGGGCAGCAUGGCCAGGCAGACAUCAAUGUCAUGGAGGGAGUACCAGAUGCCACCUCAGGGCCAGGUCUUGACGAAGAUAGCUGCUGGUUUUUGUGUAGAGUAAACUUCCGUGGCCGGUGCUCUGAUGCCUUCAGACAUAACUUCCCUAAGGAGUUGGGCUUUCCCUCAAAAAUACCAAGUAUUCCUUUGAAUAACAGGAUCAGCCAACCAGUCAUACUGGAAAUGAUGGGUGCAGAAAUGGACAAACCGUUCCAUGUAUGGAUGGAAUACCCAAAGGUUGAAAUAGUGACAGAGAUGUAUGAGCUACUCUCAAAUGAUUCUAACACUGAUGCACUGUCAAUUCUGACAGAGAGCCUCAUUCGUCGUCUAGAAACAGUCGUACAGGGCAAAUCAUCUAAUUCCACACUGGACCAACCAACAGGCAAACUAUCCAUGGGCUUCACCCCCAGAGUUUUCAGUUGUGGAACCCUGAGUGAUGAGUUGGCCAGGCUUUGGCAACUUGCCGUCCUUAACCCCAAGUUGUUGAAAAGGCAAAAGCAUUCCUUGAUGAAAAAGCUUGAGAAAUUGAAUGGGGAUGUCCUCAGGGUCUGCGAGGAUAAACAGCUCUUACCUUGGAAAGGAAUUGAAGUCGCUCUCAACAUGGCACAGAAUGUGGACUUGUCUAGAGAUGAAUUGGCUGGCUUAGCGAAAGGAGAAACCCCCCUAGCCACUGUAUCAGCAGUAAAAUUGGUCCAGUUCAUUCUACAAGGGGACGGGCCCAGCUCAUCAACGCCAAUAGAUAUUUCUACUAUCCAUAAAAUACUCCGGCCACACUCAAUAAGGAUUGGCUCCAUUGAUUUCGACAUUCAGACAUGGUGCUCCAUUAUCCAGGCUUUUCAGUUUCACAAUUGCAAGACCGCAGCAAUAAACUUGGCGUUUUCAAUCUCUGCUGCUUUGGUUUCUUUCUUCCUGGGGCAGAUUUAUGAUAACAAUAUCUGCGAGAUUCCCACAACCGUAUGUGUUAUCAAUGGUCAAGGGGACCCCGAGUCGGCCAAAAGUGGCAAAGAACCCACAGGUAACAAGGGACACAGCCACGGCCCUUUUAUUUACCCACAGGACACCUUAGUAGACGUAUCAACGUUUGCAUUCCUGUAUGACGCCCUAAGUGUGGAUGAAGGCUUGACUGAGUCAGCGUUUGUCCAUCAUCAAAAGCUUCUCCUUGAAAGCCCUGGCCAUGAAGACGAUGCCAUCAGACGACUUCAGACGGGCCAACACAUCAGGGAUCUAGUAGGACUGAUGGGACUCUUUGUACCGAGAAUUCCCAUGGAACCCAAGUACCUCGAGGUGGAACAGUUUGACACGGAUAACUGGUUGAGCGUCCAAAUGAUGUCCAGUCCAUUGGACGUGGAUUGGGAGAUAGUUGCCGAGAUUGCAAAGUUCUUCUUGAAACAUACCACUUCCUGGCAUCUCUCCCCACCCAGCUCUCUCAUCCGGGUUAUCAUGUACCACUGUCCUCCAGAACAAGAAUCUGAGAAGCUUGUUUUUGACGCUGCUCUGAGCUGUCUUGGAGUGUCCUCCCCCACAUGCGUGGAAACGAAGCACUGGGAGCUAGUUCUGUUUCCGUUGUAUGUUCGACUCUGGGCAGGGCUGGCUUUAUUGACAAUGCUCAGAUUUGGCGACUCACCUGAUGCACAGAGGAUGCUAGACACUAUCCUUUACCGUUAUGGGUACCUUGGGGAUGGCGAUACCGAGAAUGCUCCACGUGAAUCAAGUACUGGAGGACGCCUCAAGGAAAGAACCAUUCAUGACAUUAAGGUUAAAGUGUCCUUCUUGCUGGCAAAAGCUUUUCGUGACCGUAUGUGCCAAGGUACCAUCAUGGUCCAGUGUGACACCAGUAGGGUUUCCUACAUUGCAAGAUGCGCGAAGGCAUCAAGAGAUAGAGAGAUAUUUCUCUGUUAUACUUCUCGUGAUAAUCAAGCUUACGAACAGGCGUUGCACCGAAUCGCCAUAAAGCUUGGAGUGUAUGCGUAUAAGUUGACGGCUUACGACUUCAGCACAACUUUUCCGAGCUGGCUGACUAAAUACGCCCUUAAGCAAGGAGAAGAAGGAUUCUCAUAUCUUCUUUCUUGUCUUGGAGACGAUGUUAGCCGGGUCUUGAAGGCUACCGAUGCAUUUGAGAUGUGCAAUGACGCCCUGGAACUGACUCUCCAUAAGGAGCUGAAGAUAACCUUGUCCACGAACAAUGAACCUUGCGAGACUCUUAAAAACCAAAAUGAGGGGAUCAUUGGUGUGGUGAAUGGCGUUUUGAAGGCAUUUAUUGAUAACGCACUCCAGAAGUCAGACUGGAGUGACCUGACGGAGACAAUCCGUCCAUACAGACGGCAAAGACACGUGAUUCCUUUGUGGUCUCAGCAUCUUCGUGCAGUAGCCGCUGACCAGCCAGUGCCUUCCAACAUUCUCCUAUCAGCCUCUUCGGCAACUGUUGAGUACUUCAAACAGUGGUUAUGUUACCGCAAAGAGGCAGAAGAGGGAUCACGUGACGCAUGUCCACCAAUGCUUGACCUUGCUUUCUCACUUGGCAUCAUGGGAUUGGAAGCUUUGGUAAAUGAGCGUCGCCUAGAUGUCAAAGAGAUGAGUAACGUGGCUGAGAUUGACUGCAUGUGUGACUUGGUUUGCUAUAUCGCUGACAAGAAGUGGAGCAAGGAGGUUGAGUCGAGUGAAAGACAGGAAGAUGGAGCAUCUGCUGUAAGACGAGCCACAGCUUCUGCCAUUUGGAAGACGAGUGACAGGGUUGAAAAGACAUACCUCUCACCAUUUGUCCAAGUGCUUACUCAAGCUGUCCGAAAUCCCAUGUAUCUGAACCAUUACUUACAUAAGAUGUGCAGUUGUCUCUAUUCAGAUGGGAAAACAUGUUCUUCAGCUCAGUCGAUGGACCAAAGUGUUUACUUCGCCGUCGGUUACCAUCCCUCACUCAGCAGGCUCCUUGAUGAGACAAUAGAAGCAAUCAAUAAACUUCUGCUUGGUCCUAAAACAAGCGAACUUGUGAACGAGGCUAGUGGCCGAAGAGCUCAGUACACCGGGAGAAGGCUGCUUAACAAGCAGUUUGAUAUGUUCAGAAGACGAUGGAAGAACCUGCGACUGGAUAAAUCUUAUCUGAGCGAUAUCCUGGUCGCUGCGAAAGCCUUGCACACGGUUCGAGACCCAAGUGGUGGAACUUUCUAUCAUCUGAAAAAUAGUUUGAUGGUUCACGAGCCAGCCUUUCAAGCUUAUCUACAGUCCGGAGUCUGGGAAAAGAAACCUGGGUAUUGAUCAUGGCACAAUUUGGCUCUAAUAAUGAUUAUACCAGAUGUAAUGGUUAUACCAAAUGUAAUAGCAUGGUGGAUAACUCAAGGAGAUGUUGCAACAACCU